AUGGACCGCGAUCACCUGCGGACAGUACAGGUGCCAACGACGGACGACGGUCAAGCGAUGAAAGCAAGUUUACCUGACUCGUUCGACAAAAGCUGGGCGACGUCGGUAGUGCGGAACAGGGUCCUCGUCAUAUCCUGGCCGAAACUGGAAGAAAUCAGGACUGCGGUGAUGACUCGGAAAAAACUGACCCGCAGAAGAAGGCGGCAACGAUUUAUACUACCUCGCAUGCCUUCUACGGGUGAACAUGAUAUACGGCUAUGGCAAAUGAAGACGGCGUCCGCCGGCGCAGAGGGGAUCGCGCUCGCGACACCUCUGGGCCCGGAACUCGAUCGCUGGAAGUACGGCGCGGAUGAAGACACCCGUGUCCGUCACUGGUGUCGUCGCUGUCAUUGCCGCAGCGGCGGAAGCGAACACUUUGCACUCAUUUUUGCAUCAAGCUCUACUUUGGACAACCCGACGAACGACGACGAACGACGACGAAGACACACGGUUGACAGCAUCGACCCAUUUUCUCUCCAACCUUUGAACGUGUUGCCCAACCGUCAUCACCGAUCACCGAUCACCGCCUCUUCGUCACUCAACCCGCUCGUCGCCGCGGUCACGCCGUGA